AUGUCCAUUUCCAAACGGGUCCUUGCGCAACGGUGGAUGCCCGUAGAGCAGUACCCGAUCACCAAAGCUAUCAACUCGCAUGUGCUGAAAAAGCUCAAAAGGCGGACUGCGCUCCAGUCCAGCAUUGUGAGCGACGAACUCUGCGCGGAUGUCCUCCAGCGAGUGUCUCCCUACCUAUCUAGAAGCUCCCCAAUCGACGUCCUCGACCUCUGGCCCAAUACGGGUAAUUUUUCCUCAAAGAUUAACGACUACCUCCGUCCUCGCCGUCAUGUCCUCAUCGAGCCCGACCUACCCUCCUAUGAGCCGUUUCUCAAGCAACUCGUGGACACCAGUCCCAGCUAUAAACUGCUGUCCAUGGACCUCUACACCAAAGCAGACUGGGGCGAUGUCUUUGAAGAGCAUUUCCCAGAGCAAGUCUCCUCGCACAAAAGGCAGGCAAUAGACCAAAUUUUGCCCAAGAACGACACCCUCCUCGUCCUGGCCAGCCCACCCCUUCCAGCCCAGAAAGCCGACCACUAUACACCGCAACGGUGGUGGAGUGCGAUGAUGGAAGCCUGUAUGCAGCAGAAAGGGAUACACAGAUACGGCAGUGUACGGAUUCUAGCAUCGAUUCCGUCAUUGGAGGUGGAAGGUAUUGUCCCUCGAACAGUGGGCGAACGCAGACGGCCGGCCCUCUUGACAGAGACCGUAGCGCUACAUGCCCUUGAGGUCGCAAGUCCCUACGAGGAAGAAGCGUCGUGGGUGACCCUAAAGCCAUUGGACGUGACAAUCAAGGGCAGGGAGCGAGUCGCCGAACGGACUGCGGCGCAAAAGAUUAUCACCCCGUCGGGUCGCGAGCCUCCGCCCCUGGAGCUGGCUCCAGUAUCUCUAAAACGAGAGAGGUCGGACGUACCGCAUUCUCCUCGGAUUCUCACCGAGCGACACAAGGUCCUAUUGGCCGACAUUGAGGCUGGGAAUAAGGAAGACCCUAACAUUCCUAUCACAAAGUCGGCGGCCAAAACAGCGCGACAGAAAGCUCAAUCCGCCUUCUACAAGGAGAAUAAGAUUGCACACAGCCGUCUCGAGCUUGCACACCGUAGGGUCGAGAUCGAUCAGACAAUGCGGGCCCUUUCUCGAGCAGCUGCGGAUCCCAGCAAGACCGUGAAAGAUCUGGAGCAGCUUGAUAAUACGAUCGCGGCCCAAGAAGCGGGACUAGCCGAUCAGUAUGCUAGCAUGCAUCAUCGUCUGUAUAAAAGCUGGGAUCGAUUUGUUGAUGAUUAUCGCACGAUGAACGUGUCCAACAACUUCGAUGACUCCGUCCUGUUAUGGGAUCAACGGCCAUGGGAACCACUGCGCAUCGACAAGCUUGAGCUGUUUCCUCGUGAACCCCGAUCCAUCAUGUAUUUUGAGGCCGAGGCCAAUCCCGUGUACCUCCAAAAGAUCAGCCACCUGUCGGACGAAAAGCGGGGACAGAUUUUCGGGCUCUUCGAAGCAUUAUCGCUUGUGUUCGGCCCGCGCAAUCACAUCACCGUGGGCGAGCUGUUCAAAAUCUUGUUUCUGGACCGUCCCACCAACGAGCUCCUCCAGGCCAUCCCCGGGCUCGUCCCCUUCGCGAUGAAGCGCCUGAAGCCCGGCAGUGGGCCUAUCCCGCUGGCCCACCCCACCGUUGAUCCAAACGCUUGCUUCCAAGAGAAUCUCAACUACGACGUGGGCGACGUGCGACUGCGGUGCAUCCCCAUCCCCACGCUCUGGGACAUCCUGCUGGAGUACCAGAAGCAGGCGCCAGACACCACAGCGAUCCAAUUUAGCCGCAUGAUUGGAGCCACCCUGACCUCGUUCCGAGCCGGACGUAACCUGAUGGUGCCGCCGAAACGCCUGCACUAA